AUGAAUAUUAAUUUUAAUAAUAUAAUGUUAAUAAAUGAAUUAACAAAUAAUAUAACAAUAUUAAUACCUGAAAUAUUUUUAAUAAUAAGUAUAGUAAUAUUAUUAGUAUAUGGAGUAAUUUAUUCGAAAUUAGGUGGAAUAGUGAAUAUUAUGAGACAAAUAUCAAUAUUAGGUAUAAUAGUAUUAUGUAUAACUUUAUUAUUAUUAUGAGAUAUUAAAGAUAUAAUAAUAAAUGAAAAAGUAUUAAAUAGUAGUAUAUUAGGUAUAGAUAAUUUAUCAAUAAUGGUAAAAAGUGUAGUAAUAAUAACUACAAUAUUAAUAUUAUCAAUGUCAUUAGAGGUAUUUAAACAAAAAAAUGAACAAAUAAAAGAUUAUGAAUAUACAAUAUUAAUAUUAUUAGCAACAUUAGGUAUGUUAUUAUUAAUAUCAAGUAAAGAUUUAAUAAUAAUGUAUUUAAGUAUAGAAACAUUAAGUUUAAGUUUGUAUAUAUUAGCAGGAUUUAAAAGAACAGGACAAUUAAGUACUGAAGCAGGUUUAAAAUAUUUAAUAAUGGGUGGAUUAAGUUCAGGUAUAUUAUUAUUUGGAUGUGCUUUAAUAUAUAUUAGUACUGGUAUAUUAGAUUUUGAUAAUUUAGCAAAUUAUAUAUUUAAUAAUACAAUAAUAAAUACAAAUACAAAUAAUGAAAUAGGAGUAGAAAUAGGAAGUUUAUUAAUUUGUAUAGCAAUAAUGUUUAAAUUAGCAGCAGCACCUUUUCAUAUGUGAGCACCAGAUGUUUAUGAAGGUUCACCUACUAUUAUUACUGCUUUUUUUGCUAUUGUUCCUAAAAUCGCCAUAUUAACUUUAUUAGUAAAUUUAAUUUAUAAUGUAUUUUGAGGUAUAUUUAAUAGUGUAUUAUUACCUUUUUUUAUAUUUUCUGCUUUAUUAAGUGUUAUAAUUGGAAGUAUAGGAGCCGUAAAUCAAACUAAAUUUAAAAGAUUAUUAGCUUAUUCUGCUAUUAGUCAUAUGGGGUUUAUAUUAUUAGGAUUAAUUCCUGGUACUUUAAAUAGUUUACAAACAUCUUUUAUUUAUAUUAUUUUAUAUAUUAUUACUUCAUUAAAUACUUUUGCUUUUACAUUCAUUUAUUUUAAUAAAUAUAAAAACAGUUUCAAAAAUACAACUUAUUAUUUAAGUGAUUUAUCUGCAUUAUCUAGAAAGGAACCUGUAUUAGCUUUAACUUUAACUUUAAGUUUAUUUUCUAUUGCUGGUAUACCACCUUUAGCUGGAUUUAUUAGUAAAUAUUAUAUUCUUUUAUCAUUAAUACAAAAUAAUUAUAUUGUAAUUGCUACAUUAACUAUAUUAUUUUCUGUUAUUGCAUGUUUUUACUAUAUUCGAAUUAUACAAUAUAUGUAUUUUAAAAAUAAUAAUACUUAUUUAAUUAAAUUUUUAGCUGAUGUUGUUUAUAGAAAAGUUCCUUCAUCAUAUAUUAAUAAUCAUAAUAAUAUUAAUUCUAAUAAUAAUACUUCAUCAUCAAUUUAUUAUAAUGUAUCUUUAAGUCCUAUUUUAAUACUUGGAUCUACUUUAUAUAUUCUUAUAUCUUUUAUUUUUUAUCCAAAUCCUUUAUUAAUGAUUACUUUUGAUGCUAUAUUAAAUACUUUUAUUUAA